AGAGGCUGGGCUGGGCCAGGGCAGGGCAGCCGAUGGAGAGCAGAUCUGAGCACCCAGCCACCUUCACGCCACCGCCCAGCUGCCCAGGAGCCCAGCCAGGACUGGCCAUACUGCCACCGCACACGUGCACACACGCCAACAGGCACCUGCCAUGCUGGCAUCUCUAUAAGGGCUCCAGUCCAGAGACCCUGGGCCAUUGAACUUGCCCCUCAGGCAGAGGCUGAGUCCGCACAUCACCUCCAGGCCCUCAGAACACCUGCCCCGGCCCCACCAUGCUCAUGGCGUCCACCACUUCCGCUGUGCCUGGGCAUCCCUCUCUGCCCAGCCUGCCCAGCAACAGCAGCCAGGAGAGGCCACUGGACACCCGGGACCCGCUGCUAGCCCGGGCGGAGCUGGCGCUGCUCUCCAUAGUCUUUGUGGCUGUGGCCCUGAGCAAUGGCCUGGUGCUGGCGGCCCUAGCUCGGCGGGGCCGGCGGGGCCACUGGGCACCCAUACACGUCUUCAUUGGCCACUUGUGCCUGGCCGACCUGGCUGUGGCUCUGUUCCAAGUGCUGCCCCAGCUGGCCUGGAAGGCCACCGACCGCUUCCGUGGGCCAGAUGCCCUGUGUCGGGCCGUGAAGUAUCUGCAGAUGGUGGGCAUGUAUGCCUCCUCCUACAUGAUCCUGGCCAUGACGCUGGACCGCCACCGUGCCAUCUGCCGUCCCAUGCUGGCGUACCGCCAUGGAAGUGGGGCUCACUGGAACCGGCCGGUGCUAGUGGCUUGGGCCUUCUCGCUCCUUCUCAGCCUGCCCCAGCUCUUCAUCUUCGCCCAGCGCAACGUGGAAGGUGGCAGCGGGGUCACUGACUGCUGGGCCUGCUUUGCGGAGCCCUGGGGCCGUCGCACCUACGUCACCUGGAUUGCCCUGAUGGUGUUCGUGGCACCUACCCUGGGUAUCGCCGCCUGCCAGGUGCUCAUCUUCCGGGAGAUUCAUGCCAGUCUGGUGCCGGGGCCGUCAGAGAGGCCUGGGGGGCGCCGCAGGGGACGCCGGACAGGCAGCCCCGGUGAGGGAGCCCACGUGUCAGCAGCUGUGGCCAAGACUGUGAGGAUGACGCUAGUGAUUGUGGUCGUCUAUGUGCUGUGCUGGGCACCCUUCUUCCUGGUGCAGCUGUGGGCCGCGUGGGACCCGGAGGCACCUCUGGAAGGGGCGCCCUUCGUGCUGCUCAUGUUGCUGGCCAGCCUCAACAGCUGCACCAACCCCUGGAUCUAUGCAUCUUUCAGCAGCAGUGUCUCCUCAGAGCUGCGAAGCUUGCUCUGCUGUGCCCGGGGGCGCACCCCACCCAGCCUGGGUCCCCAAGACGAGUCCUGCACCACCGCCAGCUCCUCCCUGGCCAAGGACACUUCAUCGUGAGGAGCUGUUGGGUGUCUUGCCUCUAGAGGCUUUGAGAAGCUCAGCUGCCUUCCUGGGGCUGGUCCUGGGGGCCACUGGGAGGGGGACCCAUGGAGAAUUGGCCAGAGCCUGUGGCCCCGAGGCUGGGACAUUGUGUGGCCCUGGACAAGCCACAGCCCCUGCCUGGGUCUCCACAUCCCCAGCUGUAUGAGGAGAGCUUCAGGCCCCACGACUGUGGGGGCCCCUCAGGUCAGCUCACUGAGCUGGGUGUAGGAGGGGCUGCAGCAGAGGGCCGAGGAGUGGCAGGAAAGAGGGAGCAGGUGCCCCCAGGUGAGACAGCGGUCCCAGGGGCCCGAAAAGGAAGGACCAGGCUGGGGCCAGGGGACCUUCCUGUCUCCGCCUUUCUAAUCCCUCCCUCCUCAUUCUCUCCCUAAUAAAAAUUGGAGCUCAUUUUCCACA